AUGAACGGCACACAUUCCCCGGACAUGAUAAGCCGGUUUCGCGACCUAAAACUGCUAGAGUCCGGCGAGGGCCCACGUCCCGAACCAACGCAGAGCGAGGAAACAGCUCACCAUCGGCAUCAACGGUCGUUCGGUGCUCAGUCUGCCGCCACCAAGUCCCAGUUCAUUCCGGCCAUUUGCAACUUUCAAACGGCGCGGAAAAUGGCACAGGAAAACCUCGAGCAUCAGCCGCUACCGGAUGCAGUGAUCGAUAUUGCAUUUCGGAAAGCGCAGGCAGCCGGCUUUCCCAAUCCCGGCAUGGAGCUAAGCGUUGGACCGUACGCUACCGGCGUCGGUUGCAAAAACUACAAAGCAGGACCGACCAAGUGUACCAAGUAUCGCGUGUAUCGACCAAAAACGUGUGGCGUCAUACCGAAGGUGCCUAGCGCGUUGGACACACCCGAGCGGCCGGAAAGUAUGCGCGUGAAGAAGAAGGUCGGUGCGAUGGAUUUGGCGAUCGGGUGGGAGUUCCGCACCAAACAUGAGCCCCGCUCGCAAACCUACAUGGACGGGUCGAAACCUUCGGUUGCACCGCCAAUAUUCGAGGUGGUCGAACCUGCCAAAGACCUAAACCUUCCCGCGGUGGUACACGCUGGAGGCGUCUUUUCCAACACUUUGGGCGAGGAGGACUUUUUCGACCGUGACGUUAUUCGACAGCACAAGCGUCUGGUGCGUCCGACCAGCAAUCGUUGCAAGUGUGGCAACAGUUCUGCCCGGUCCUCCAAAUCUCCGAAUGCAGCACGGCAACAUCAGCAGCAGCAUCGAAAGAAUGGCAGUGGACGUGAGCGACAACAGGAACAUCUACAGCAGCAGCAACAGAAACAACACGACGAUUCUACCACGAUGGAGAUCAACAACAACAACCUGCCAGCAGUCCGUGGCUCAGCACGUUCGCAUGGUUCGUCGCAGGGCAAGGAGCUUGCGGAACUUCAACGCCAAGGAGGUAGCGCCAACUCGAUAGAACGCAAGAUGCACGAAGCGGCGGCCAAGCACGCGGAACGCAUUGAACGCUUCUGUCACAAGUUUGUGCCGGAGGAAUUUCCGUACAAUUUCCACCAGGAGUAUCGGUGCGCUUUUAAGGCGGGCAUACCGCAAAGCAACGUGUCCGGCACGCUGAGCAGUUUCGAUACCGGACCCAAUGGCCACCAGCGUAAACCGGCCGACUACAAAAAACUGCUGCACAUUCCCAAACCGCGAGAACCCUACACCAAGAAGAACUACGUAAUCGAUACGCUGGCGCCACCGUUUGCCUUCUGGAAGAAGGGUUCCGGCUACCCGGACUACUGGCGGCUCAUCAGCGUCUACCAGCAGGCCUACAAUAAACCGAUCGAGAAGAGGAAAUAUCCAUUGCUCAAGACCGUAUAUCAAUAG